AUGCACUCCUCUUCUAUUUACAGUGCGGCUGCACUAUUUUUCGCUUCCGUUGUCAGCUGCCAUGGUGUGAUUCUCGGUGCGGUCGGUGAAGAGGGUUCUCCAACCAGUGUUGGUUUUCAAGUUGAUCCUGCGAUCGCCAGAAACUGCACUGGUAUCAGUCCCUGCCAACAGGAUACAACCAUCAUUCGAGAUGCUGAAAUCAACGCCAACAUCGUUAAUGAAUGUGGAAGAACUGAGUUGACCGGUAACAUCGAUGUUGGAGAGAACACAGAGAAUGCAAUUGCUGCAGGAGCCAUCACACAGGUCAAGGCCGGCACUAUCAUGUCUGUUACAAUCCAUCAAGUCAACGCCGAUGGUGCCGGUCCUUAUGUCUGUGACCUCGACCAGACUAGUAAUGCUGGUAUAAUCUCGCAAAACCUGACUGUCACCAACAACAUUCCUGGAGUCAACGGUUUCUCUCAGGCGAAGACGGAAGAUUUCACUAUUAAUGUUGAAAUGCCAGCCAAUCUCAACUGCGUAGGAGCUUCCACCGGAAACGUUUGCACAGUUCGAUGCCGAAACAACGCAGUCGCAGGCCCAUUUGGAGGCUGUUUCGCAGUUCAGCAGAUCGAUAACACUCCAACCGUAAACUCCGCCGAACAAAUCCCAACUGCUCAAACCUUCGACGGCAUCAACAAACAAAUCUCGCAAAACAAUGUUGAUCUCGCAGCCGCUGUUGAUGGUAACCAGAAGGCUGGCACAGCAGAAAACGUCGCAGCCAAAGCCGUUGCUGAUGAUCUCGCUGGCCUAGCUGUAACUUCUGUCGCUGCCCCAGUCCAGACACCAGACCGUGAAAACAUCGGAACCAACAAAGAUACCGCCGUAGCAACGAACACUGGUACUGCUCGAGUUGGGGGAGCUGCUACUGCGACCAGUGCGGCGAAUGCGGCUGCUACUACCGCUGCAAAUGGAGCGGCCACAAACAAUGGAAACAAGAAUGGAGGCGGAAACCGUAAUGGAAAUGCCAACGCCGCCACUGGCAAUGGAAAUGCGAACGCAGCCACCGGGAAUGGAAAUGCCGCCGCCGGUAACGGAAGAGGCAACAGAAACAACAACAACAAGAGAAGCGGUCUUAGCCUUAAGUGGGCAAAGCGUGCUUUGUCUGGGAGCGCUUAG